GCUUUGGAUAUUACCAUUACGCAGAAAUUGAGUUUAAAAAGUAGGAAGAUUUCAAUUUGAUGAUGGUCGUCGAAAUAGCAGAGAAGAGAGACCAAGGCCAAGCCCCUUUAUUUGGUAAUUACCACUUCCCUCCGAGAGAAACAAAUUCAUGAAUUCCAGGUCAUUUCCCAUUUCCAAAUCCAAAUCCAAGCAACCCACCUGACACGUUCUUAUUCAUCGCUUAAACCCUUCAAACAAGCUAACACAGACGACAUAGCUCAACUUUAAAUUAAUCUCAGUCUUAUGGUCUCAUGGUCUCGGCUUCCAACCCCAAACACACUCCUUAAUCUAUUCUUCCUCUAUCAAAUCAAUGUAACUUAGUACCUAUAAAUAUACAUAUAUUCUCAUACAUACAUUAAUUAAUACAUUGGGAUUGGCCAUGCAAAUUACCUUUGAUUUGAGUUUGAACCAGCUCUAAGAGACUAGACAGUGCUUUGACGAUGGGGGGCGGGGCCGCUCAAUCUUCUGACCGCCACACUGUCCGAGAUGGCAUCUGCCACGCCGGUGCAGGGGCCGCCGCUGGUGCUAUGGCGGCAACGUUCGUGUGCCCUUUGGAUGUCAUCAAGACUAGGCUACAGGUCCAUGGCAUGCCUCCGGGACAAAGGGGUAGUAUCAUUAUCACAAGCCUACAAAACAUAUUAAAAACUGAAGGUUUGAAGGGGAUGUAUCGUGGCCUUUCACCAACAAUUCUAGCGCUACUUCCAAACUGGGCAGUGUACUUCACAGUUUAUGAGCAACUCAAAGGCCUACUCCAGUCGCAUGUUGAUGGCAGCAGCGAACUUACGAUUGGUGCAAAUAUGAUAGCUGCUGCUGGUGCCGGGGCUGCCACAGCCAUUACAACAAAUCCAUUGUGGGUUGUUAAGACCAGACUUCAAACACAAGGAAUGAGGCCUGGUGUGAUUCCUUACAAAAGCAUGAGAUCUGCUUUCACAAGGAUUGCAACUGAGGAAGGCAUGCGAGGUCUAUAUAGUGGGAUCUUGCCUUCUUUGGCUGGGAUAAGUCAUGUUGCAAUUCAAUUUCCUGCUUAUGAAAAGAUAAAAUCUUUUAUGGCAAAAAGGGAUAGUACAACUGUUGAUAAGUUAAACCCUGGUAAUGUUGCCAUUGCCUCAUCGAUAUCCAAAGUAAUUGCUUCAGUAAUAACUUACCCUCACGAGGUUGUGCGCUCCAGGCUGCAAGAGCAAGGCCAGGCCAGACAUAUUGAAGCCCAGUAUGCAGGGGUUAUUGAUUGUACAAAGAAGGUGUUCCAAAAGGAAGGCCUUCGUGGAUUUUACAAUGGUUGUGCCACUAAUUUAUUAAGAACCACUCCUUCUGCUGUUAUUACAUUUACCAGUUACGAGAUGAUAGAUAGGUUCUUGCGGAGGGUUGUACUUAAAGAAAAAGAGCAUUCAAAUGGCCGCCCUAAGCCUGAUGGCCAUGCUGAAUCUCGGCAGGGAAAUGGAGGCAACGAGAGAGUGGUGAAUAACUCUGAUUUGCGGCAAUCACAAUCCCAAACAAAUCAGAGGACACCGAUUCCUCUUGCAAACAAAGAGCAGCUUGCAGCAAGACACUGAACGACGACUCUCUUUUUUGAACUUAAUUUUGAUUGUAAGAAAUUUUUCUGUAAUAAUUAAAUUAAAUAACAAGAUAGAUGAAUGUAAGCCCAUUUGAAGAAGGGAAGAAAAAAAAGUUAUUUGCCUUCUUUGUAUUUUACUUUUAAAAUGUACGCCAUUGAAUUAGCAUUGAAGUAGUUCUUUCCAUCCCUAUGAUUCGAAAGCAGAGAACUGUUACAUUUAUUUGGACGAGCAAAAGUUUUUUU